AUGCAGCAGCUAGUGUCGGCCUUGCCGGUCACGGGUGUGCACUUGACUGGCGUGAGCAUGAGGCGGACGACGCUGGAGAAGCUCAAGAAGAAGGAGAUUGUGCGGAGGGUGAUCGCAGACAGAAUGGCGGGGCUGCAGAAGACCAAGACGCCCAAUGAGUUGCGGGUGGACGCGUUGGAGAUGGGCAAUUACUGA